AUGAACGCUAACCUAGAAACUAGUUUGGAGCCAUUAAACCCGAAUAACAGUCUAGAAACUAGGUCGGAGCAACUAAGGAAUGCAUUACACACAUCAUUAGGGUUGAAUUCGGAUGACAGUUUGAUGAAUGAAGAUGAGUCGAUCGACAUUGAUUCAGACGACAACUUUAAUGAUGGAGAAAAUCAUGUUGACGAUGCUGCUGAUGAUGAUGACGACGACGAUGAUGAUGAUGAUGACGACGGCCAUUAUUUAGAGGAAGAGGGAGAAGUUGGAGAGGACAGAGAAAUGCCUAAUGAGUUCAAUGAAGAAGAUCUCAUAAUUGGUCCAAUUACUGGGAUGCGGUUCAAUAGUAAGGAUGUUAUGUUUGAUUUUCACAAAGAACAUGCAAGAUUAUCGGGGUUUUGCAUUAUCAAAAGAACAUCAAACAAAAAAGGUGGUGAUAUUGUUAGGUAUGUGCAAUAUGGUUGUGAUAGGUCUAGGAAACCAAGGAAUAAGCAUGUUACCAAGAGGAGGAACCACCGUGCUAGAAUAAAUGGAAUUUUGGAGGAGAAUGGUUCAUGGUGUGUUUCAAAGACCCUCAAAAAAUAUAAGAUCGCUGAAGUACUUGCUGGUGGCCCUAAAAAUUUGGGUUGUACACCAAAGGACUGUAGAAAUUAUAUUUUGAAGAGUAGAAAGCUUCAGAUGCAAGAAGGGGAUGCACAAUCAUUACUCAAGUUCUUCAGUGACAUGCAACAAAAAGAUAGGGAAUUUUACUACUCCGUAGAUGUGGAUAGUUUUGGUCAACUUCGUAAUGUCGUAUGGGUUCAUUCACACUCUAAGGUUGCAUAUGGGGAGUUCCAUUAUGUAAUAUGCCUUGAUACCACAUACCUUGUGAAUCGAUACAAUAUGCCAUUUGCUUCAUUUGUUGGUGUCAAUCAGCAUAGGCAGUCUAUACUUUUGGGAUGUGCUCUUAUGUUUAGUGUGGAUAUAACAAGUUACAAAAUGGUGCUAUCUACAUGGCUUGGGACUCUAAACAAUGUUCAUCUAUUAGCUAUCAUGACUGACCAAUGUGAUAGUAUUAAGGCUGCCAUCAAUGCAUUGAUGCCAAAUAUGGCUUUAGUCCUUGAUAGCAUUAACGUUGCUGAGUUUGAGAGACGAUGGACUGAUUAUAUUGAAAAAUAUAACUUAGAUGGAAGGGAUUGGUUUUAUAAGCUUUAUUCGGAGAAGGAGAAAUGGGUUCCUCAAUAUGAGUUAGCCAUAAGAGCUAAGUUCGAGAAAGAAUUGGAAGCUGAAUAUAAGUCAAGGUGCUUUGAACCAAAAUGUUUAUCUGAAUUUGCAUGGGAGGAAAAAUUUCAAACAUGUUAUACUCGUGAAGUGUUUGAAUUUUUUCAAGUAGAGUUAAGAAAACUGUACUGUUGUGAAAUCAGCACCCCUGAAGACCAUCAGGCAAUAGCUGGAGUGGAGAAGUACAUUAUCGCUGAUUAUUCAUUCAAGAGUUUUAAUACUAGAGAUCCAUUUAUAUUUACGGUUGAAUAUACACCUAUUGGCGAAUAUCUAAUGUUGCAGCUACAAGUGGUUUGA